UGACCUCCCCAGCACAGACACUGGGACAGAGCAGGCUCCUUAGAGCUCACGAUGUCUGUGCCUGCCUCCCAGCUCAAGUGUCCUGGUCCUGUCCUGCUGCUGACCCUCCUGCUGGGACUCACAGGAGCGGCUGCACAGGAGCUGCAGGUGAUCCAGCCUGAGAAGCCAGUGUCUGUCGCUGCUGGAGAGUCGGCCACUCUGCACUGCACUGUCACCUCCCUGCUCCCUGUGGGGCCCAUCCAAUGGUUUAAGGGGGCAGGGCCAGGCCGGGAGCUGAUCUACAACUACUUCGGAGGCUACUUCCCCCGAGUCACAGAUCUCUCGGAUACCACAAAGAGGGACAACAAGGACUUUUCCAUCCGCAUCAGUAAUGUCACCCCAGCAGACGCCGGCACCUACUACUGUGUGAAGUUCCAGAAAUCGACCCCUGUUGAUAAGGAGUACAAGUCUGGACCAGGCACCGAGUUGUCUGUGCGAGGUGAGUGCAGCUGCCUCCUCCUCCCUGGGGUGGGACAGGAGGUCAGGGGUCACGCCCUCCACCCUGGGGGCCACAGCUGAGA